GGUGGUCACGGCCGAGGUGAGGAGGCUGGAGCGCACCCCGGUGCCGGCGCCGGCUCGGCUAGUGCAGCACGCGCCGAGGGCUCCCGUGGUGCUGACGGAGGCGAGGCGGCCGGACGUGGGGCCGCCGGAGGCCGCGUGCGUGGACGAGAGGGCGGACGACUUCAUCAACAAGUCCUGACAGCAGCUGCAGCUGCCGGCCGCGAGGAAGCCGGCGAGCAAGACGGGCAACGAGGCGGAGAAGGCGGCCAGGGCGAAGGUGGCGACCAAGAAGGCGGUCACGGUCGAGGUGAGGAUGCUGGAGCGCGCCCCGGUGCCGGCGCCGGCUCGGCUGGUGCAGCACGCGCCGAGCGCUCCCGCGGUGCUGACGGAGGUGUCUCUGCACGCUGGCCGCCGCAUCUCAGCCCGCUGGCCGCCGCCGCCGCAUCUCUGCACGCUGGCCAGCCAUGUCUCCUUCCAAUCCCGGGAAGGAAUUCAGGGACCUGGUGCUCAGGAGCAGCGAGCUCGCCACGCUCGCCGCCAUCUUCCACUUCAGGGGCACCAAGCCGAGCUACCUUGGUGUGGAGAAGAGCUCAUGUAAAAGUAUUUAUUAGGGAGAGAUUUGUUGAGAUAUCAGGAUUUCAUAAUCAGGGAACGAAAUAAAUUCCCACUUACAGAUCAAUCAAGUUGUGUUCUUCUGCCGUCUCAUGGAAGGGACUUCAUCUAAAGCUAUUGUAAUUCUUGCAACUGGAGACUGUCUUGGAGUUG